CCGCAGUGGAUCUUGAUUGGGAGGAAGUCUUUUUUUUCUCAAGAGGACCUCGACAAUUUCGAGAAGACACGACUUGUUUCUACAUGGCCUCCACACCUUAAAGAAAUCAUGGCACAGUUUUAUAGCGAUGAACUAUUCCAAGAACUGUGGACAAAACUACUGGACAUUUUUGCUGAGAUUCAAACAAAAUACGAUGGUAAUAUUUGCAGGGAGAAGCUGAGCCAGAUAGGCUGCCCCACGCUGAUACUGCAUGCUACCAAGGAUCCAAUGGUGUCUCCCCCGAUUACAUGCUCAGUACUUGAAGGAUGGUAUAGCAGGUAGUCGACUGGUAGUCAUGGAGGAAGGGAAGCACUGGCUACACAGAAAACACUCCAAGGAAGUCAAUGCUUUAGUUUAGUGGAGAUGUUUGUGUUAUAGCUAGACUACUAUGAUUACUAUAGGAUUGUGCGAUCAAGUUUGUCUAGCUGUGUGUUUUAUAUACAGUUUUAUGAUAUACAGUUGGUGUAUUCAGGUCCAAGACCAUCAUAUCAGAGUGAAGGAAUGUGCUCUGAUCACAUAAUUAUUUGCAGGAUAUGAUGUGAGACAAGUAGGGAGGGGCAUGUAAGUAGCCAAAGUCAACAAAGUGCAAGUACAGUGUCAAAGCUAAAGAAGCGUCUGGUGUGGAGGUCUAAGAGUUCCACAAGUCAUUGAAGGCUGCCUGGAUUAGCUAUAGAUCUACAGUAUAAUGGAUUUCCUUGUUCUAACUCUCGUCCUGACCCUCUCCCUGUGGGGCCCCCCUGCUGUGAGGGGCGCGUGUGUGGACGAUGAUGAGACUGCCUUCUUUGAUGAUGAGUGUAGAACUAGCGAUCGUUUCUCUGCUGACCAUGUCCUGCCACCAGACUGGGGGCUACUGUUGGACUCUUAUGACUUCAGUGGCCUUGUGGGAACCACCACUGUCGAGCAAUGGAGAACACUGGAUGUAGAUGGAAUAAGCACAUCAGUACCUCAAGGAAUAUGGAGUGAGAAUGGAGGUAUCUGUCAGCACGGCUUGAGGAUAUGCAGUACCAUGCUACCUAGUCAGAACCAACAGAAUAACUGGAUUUUCUCGGACUACAUUCGAUUCCCGAGCGUGCCCAACGUGGACGAUGUGCAGGAAGUUUUUUUUGACAUGUCAUUUCGGUUUACUCAAUGCGUCACGCCCUGUGUCAACAGCUACGCCACCGUGUACCGAUAUGACGUGAACGCCCCCGUAUCAGCUGACCAGAGAGUGGCUCCCUCAAAUUACCAACUACUGGGUGGAAUUGCAGAUUCCAGACUCAAUCAAGCAACCAGUCCGACCAAUAAUGCGAACUCGGUAUGGUCUAUUCCAAGGCCGGCUACAAACGGGUUUUACCUUGCCUUCAGAGAUGAGGGUAACUGCGGCACUAUCAGCAGAGUGUAUGUGUACUACCGUCGAUCGCCUGGCUACACUGGGACGUUGGUCACCUGUCCCUCAGUCCCUUUCCCAAUCCAGGGCUCUACCAGCACCACACAAGGCACAUGUUGCUGUGGACUGAAUGCUGAGAAUAAGAGCACUCUUGACAGAAUAUGCUCUGCUGAUGGUUCUUGUGUGGACCCAGCUACUGACGUGUGUGGGUGCUCUCCUGGCUUUGAGUUCAUUAAUGGCGUCUGUCAAGCUUGCCCUGCUGGUAUGUUCCAGCCUGACAUCUCCAUCACCUCCUCGUGUGUGGCGUGCCCUGCUAACAGUGCAGCCUUGCUACCAGCCAGCGGUGUCUGCGACUGCACUGGAGCUACCGUACGCAACCCAGCCAUGCCAAGGAAUCCUUGUGCCGAGCCCCCCUCCUCCCCCUUGCUCACUGUGGAGCCAGUGGUUGACGGCACUUUUGUCACAGUGUGCUGGGGGUCUGCCCUCAACACUGGGGGUCUGGACGACCUUCACUACAACGUGUACGUGCAUCAAGUUGGAAUGGAUGGAGCAAUGUACAACAAAGUCAAUGACAACCCUAUCACAGGAUCUGGGGAACUAUGUCAUGAGAUUUCCGGACUCAAUUCGAUGUCUAGCUAUGCUGUCGUGGUGACAUCAGCCAAUGGAGCGACAGGUGACCCGCCCACGUUGGAUCAGCAGCUCUCCUCCGUACAAGGACAGUUUGUGGCGUAUUUUGUGGACACGGGAGAGCCAGGUCUUCGGAAGGGUGAUGCCAUAGCAUUGACCUUCUUCAUGACCCUCAUCUUUGUGGCUCUAAUAACAGCUGCCAUCGCAAUCACUGUCAUGUGGUUCGUCUGCGUCAAGAGGAACGCUACCAUGGCAACCUCCCCAAAGACCAACGGAGAUCAUUCAAUGAGUGAUUAUAAAGUAGGCAAUACGGCUAAGGUUGAGACCACACCCUCGACACGCCCCUCCCGUCCACCAAGACCCCCCACCAGGCCAAAAGUGUGAUCAUUUUACAACAAUUGAACUUUCUUUUUCACUUGUACAUUUAGCAGGUCUAUCCGAAUGUUUUCACACUAUUACUUUAAAUUAAUUUAUUAUUAUCGAAA